UUUCUCAUCAACAUACGUCGGUAUUACUUGUGAUUAUCGUGGUAGAGGAACGCGAAUUCGGUCUUAGAUACGUUUCCGAACUUCCUCCGCAAAAUGGCAUCACUGUGUGGAAGGAUUCUUCUUCAAGCUUCUCGUCGCCCUAUUUACACAUCAGCCAGAUGUGGCUCAAAAAGUUUGGCCGAUUCGCUGGACCAUGCUACCGGUCUGGAGAAACGGGAGCUGCUGGCUGCCAUUGCUGGCGAUGAUGAUCCAUUUGACCUAAAAGUCUUCAAACGUGGGCCUGGGACUAAAGAUUGUCCAAACCAGGUACCAAGUGCAUUUGAAAGCCGCCUGGUUGGAUGUAUUUGCGAAGAAGAAGCUACUACAAUAAACUGGAUGUGGUUGAAACGAGGCUCCCCCCGUCGGUGCGAAUGUGGAUACUGGUUCAAAUUAAUUGAAAAAACUCCAAUAUAAAUUUAAAUUCAGACUAAGUUAGUCGAUUGUUUGAAACAUCUACCUAGAAUUAAUAUUAUGUUAGAGAAACAAGGAGGCUUGCUUUAUUUAUCAUCCAACCAUGCUCCCAAGUUUCCCUUUUGAAUGAUGCCCAUAAAGCAAUGUACUGCAAUGGUGUGGUGAACCGCAAAUGUAUUUACCAAAACCUAUUUCAUUUUGAUGUACAUAUAUUCACUCAUAAAUAAAAACAAAAUGAGAUGCUAUUGA